AUGGAUGUUUGGAGCCAAGGGCCUAUUGUGUUUCAAAAAAGAACUAACAGAGCAGCUAGCUUCAAAGAAUUGGUUGAAAAAUUGCACUCCCUUUCUGAUCAUAAUGUUAUGGAGAUUUUCUCUGUGAUUGCUCGAGGAAUAUGGUUAAGGAGAAACAAACUGAUCUUUGAGGACUCUUUCACUCAUCCCACUAAGGUACAGUGCACAUCUAGGAAAGGUGUCCAGGUGCAUCAAGCUGAUCUUCCUGAUUGGAACCCCCCACCUAUAGGUUUCAUUAACAUUAACUGGGAUGCAACCCUAAACAUAGCUAAAGAUAGGAUUGGGAUUGGUUUGGUGGCCCAAGACUGUGAGGGUUCUAUUGUGGCUUCUAAGAAGUUGGCUCAGUCUGGUUUUAUGGAUCCUCUGUUAGCUGAAGCACAAGGAGCUUUUCAAGCUACUAGGUGGGCAAGGGGCAUGAGGUUUAGUCCUGUGAUCUUGGAAGGUCAUGCUCAACAAAUUGUUAAAGGGCUGAAUCAACAGCUUGAUCGUUGA